CAAAGCAGGUUUUCACUGGACAUGGACACUAAGGACCUUCCAACUCAACUUGAGAUGGACAAGGUUCAUUGGGAUCUGAUGAAUCUUUCCUAUAAAGAACAAUUGUCACAACUUGAAACAAAGUAUGGAGUGUCAUUUCAUGAAGACAAAGUGCAGAAAAAUGUAAUUAAUGUUCAAGCUCGAUCUAAAGGAGUUCAGCAUAUUAAUCUGGAAAGUCAUGCUCUCAGAGCUCUAACACAACUCUACCAGAAACUUGCCUCAGCCACUGUCAGCUGUAAACUCACAAACCCUGCAGAUAAAAUUGACGUGGCACCACUAUUAGAGAAACUUCAGCAGCAGCAUCGUGUUGUUGCAGCAGCAGAUAGACUCAGUCUCUGGAGGCUUGUUGGACUGCCAGAACAUCUUGGUCCUGCCAUUGCUGAUAUUGAGAAGACACUUCAGAGGAAUGUGUUUGAUGACCAAAUGAAGAAAUCGAUUGAUUACUCAGGUGACAUUCCUCACACAAAAGGAAUCAACUGGAAUCAGACGCCUGAUUAUGGACCAGGAGCAGUGGGUGGAGCAGUACAGGAUGAGGGAGUGAAGUUUAGAGGGCAAGGCAAAGCAGAUGCUAGUUUCAAUGAAGAUUCAAAAGACAAUUCUAGACAUGUCAGUAAAGGUGCUCAUGCUGAAGAGGAGACAUGUACUAUCUGUAUGGACAGCUUCACCAACAAGAAAAAACUGAAAUGUGGGCAUGAAUUCUGUCAGGAAUGUAUAAGGAUGUCAGUGGAGAGUCUGGGAUCCAUCUGUCCUGUGUGCAAGGAGGUGUUUGGGAAAUUGGACAAAGAACAGGUUAAAUCUCCCUGGAUAUCCACAUUGUGGCACUAUUGAAAUAUAUUACGACAUACCCAACGGUAUUCAGACGGUAAGAAU